GCGCAGUCGCGAGAGCCGCGCGAAGCACAACCAUGAGCGGCGAGACGCGGUCAGCAUGCGAAGCAUGGGUCGCAGCCAGCCGCGGCUGCGGCUGGCCAAGAUUGAAAUCUGCCCGGAGAUGGUCGGCUUCUUCCUGUGCUGGGACGACGCGGGCCAGCCGCGGUCGGCGCCCUAUCCGCGCGCGCUGCGCCAGUGCUCCAGUGAAUUCGGCGUCUUGUCUGAGUUGAUCGAUGUCUUCCUUUACGAUCACAUUCGCGUCGACGCUGGGGAGCUUUCGGAGUGGCUCCUGGAGCGCGCCGACGGCCGCGAGCACAUUCCGCGCGCGCGCAGG